UACAUAUAUCGGGAAGGUUCAAGACAUGUUCAAGGCACUUCGUAUCAUUAGCAACUCGACAAUCAUCAGUGAUGGAAGGCAAGGCUUGUGAGAUGGAGGAAGGAAAGGUACACGUGGGCGACGUAGACAUCAAUUUCCUUCGAGUCGGCACAGGCGAUCAUCCGGUGUUAUUGAUGGCUGGAGUAUUAGGAACGACACGGAUAAGUUUCAGGCUGCAGAUUGAAAAGCUGAACAGAGAGAAGCUGACUAUAGUGGUAUGGGAUCCACCUGGUUAUGGACAAUCACGACCACCUGACAGGACUUUUCCGGAUAAUUUCCAUCAGCGCGAUGCUGCGUGGGCCCACAGUCUGAUGAAAAGUCUGGGCUAUUCAAAAUUUUCCUUACUUGGCUGGUGCGAUGGCGGUACCGUGGCGCUUUUGCUUGCCGCCACAUAUCCAGACAGCAUCCGCAAGAUGAUUGUACUCGGUGCAAGAUCAUACGUACGCUCUAAGGAGAUUCAAGUAUUUGAAAGCUUAAGAGACAUCAACACGUGGUCGGAAAGACUGAUAACCGAUUUGCUACAAGUCUAUAAUAUGGAUUAUAUACAAAAGAUUGUGUCGGAGUGGAUAGAAUAUAUGCUAAGGGUGUACAUCAAGCAGGAUGGCGAUUUAUGCAAGCAGACUUUACCGAAAAUAAAGUGUCAAACGUUCAUCAUUCAUGGAGAAAAGGAUGCGUUGGCUGUACUAGAACAGUCAAAGUAUCUGAAACAGAAUAUCGUCGAUUCAAAGUUAUACAUUUUUGAGAAUGGUAAACAUAAUCCUAAUCAGAAAUAUCCCGAGAAGUUCAAUAAAUUGAUAACAGAUUUCCUUUUGGGAGAAUAAAAAGUGAGAGAAAAAUUCUUUAUAAAACUAUUAAUCAUACUUAUGUGUGUAUACGUAUAUUAUAAUAUGGGAAGGAAUUUGUUAGAUUUGAAUAUAUGGAUUAAAAAAGAAGAAGAGCACUAUUGUACAGAGCAGUAUAAUAGGAACUGAUGGAGAGAGUUUGAAGAAAUAAAAUGCAGUAUAAUUAUCGUAUACAAAAUUAUUUUUAUUAGAAUCUGCAACGAAAAAUUGAAACAUCUAAAGUGAGGAGAAAGGGAAGUUUUGAUUAUAUUUGAUUACAUUACCGGCAAUCACAUUGUUAUAAAGCACUUUGCAAGUCAUAAACAUUUAGUUUAAAAUAUUUUAUCUAAAAUUUAUCGAUUUGACAAUAUUCGUUUAGUAAGAAGAAAAUCUAUUUUUUGAAAAGAUUGUUUGAACCUUUUAACAUAAAAUGACGUGUCUCUUAUUUUGUGCUGUAUUUCAAUGUAUUCAAACCUUAUUAAAGUGAAGACGAGGCAUUUCCUUAUGCAGUAAGUAUAAAAUUAUAUUUGAAUUUAAAAUGUAUGUUCGCAAAUACAAAAGUGCUAUGUGUAAAUUGUCGACACAGUUUGCAAUACAUUGGAUUUAAUUUAAAAAGAUAACUUUACAACAAAAUAUUUGCAUAUCUUUGAACUCUCACAAUCCACAAUCUAUUAAUCUAUCAAGUUUACUUUUUCAGUAUCAUUGAUUUAACAUGAAUAACUCUUAUGACUUAAAAUAACAAAUAACUAAUCGAGUGUUUCGAUACAAAGACUACUUGAUUCAUAACAGUUCGAUAAUCAGCUUGUGCUAUAAAAAUUGCCUGAUCCAAGUGUCCAUUGAUGUUUGAGUAAUGAUCAGAUGUCGGUCCAUACGAAUCUCAUGCUGGCACUCGACGUACCGUGUUCGUGAGAUAUAUACUGAGAAAUCCUUUGCGCGCAGAUAGAAAGCGGUCUUGUGCCACUUAUUAUACAAGUGCCUUCAUAUCCAAAGAGGGACAACGCGUGCGGCAACGUUUUUCGCCCUUUAUUCGCAACCUGAUCCAACAAAAUCGAAUCGGUCAUGCAUUGAGUUAGAUUUAACCAGAUCCGUGCUACAAACGACCUGCCUUUCCAGAUAAUACUUCUACGAGAUCGCUGUGCAGAUACAACCAUUUUCCGAAUUUCAUCUAUUGGGAACAGGCACAAAUGUAAAAAAGAAUGACGCCAAGAAAAGAGGAACUGAUAUUACUUUUAUUAAACAUGUAAUAUUGUAUAUAAUUUAUUGAAUAUUAUUUAUAUUCACAUGAAAUCCAACGAGAUUAUCGAUUUUAAAUGAUUUAAAUAGACAUUUCGUGUAAACAUUGGAAUUAUAUUUGCAAUCAUAUUGUAGACGCCGCAAUGUAAUUUUUUAACCAUAAUGUAAUAAUUUCUAUUUUAGUUAUGCUUCCGUGAUUUUGAUAUUUGUUGCAAUCAGUAAUGCUGGAGAAGAGAAAACGAUUUUCUCAGUAAAUUCAGGUAUGAAAGAACUGGAACAGCUGUAAAUAAUGUGCAAUAUAUCACCGCAGGCGUACCUCUACUUAUGUACACGAAAGCGAACGACUUUACACUUCUUAUAUCGACAUUUACAUUUCCGCUGAAUUAGUACGGACUUAUACUGCCCAGGGUGUGGGUAGCGCGCGUCUCGAUUCUUCGCACUGUGCCCACAUGGGUGUUUCUCGUAUACGAAUUACAAAUUACUCUGGUGUAUCUCUCAUGAUAUUCUCUGAAAAUUGUGUUUAACUUAUUUUUAGCAAAACAAAAAAAUAAGGUUGCUCAUGAACAAUUGGUCUUCAUUUCAUUACUUUUCUUAAAUGGUUUACUAUCAAUUCAGUAAUCAAACUAAUUAUUGUUUUGCACUUAAUUAUAAUCUACAUGUGGCGCAGCGCGUAAAUCUCGCGGAAUUUUUGAGAAAAACAAGUUACGUCGUCGAUGUGAUAAAAAUAAACAGAGGAGCAAUGUGCAAGCUCCGGUCAUGUUCGCUGAUGCAGCAAAGGAGCGUAUAGUCGAUCGAAAGAAAGCAAAAAAAUACACGGAAUGUAGACCGCAGCGGGUGUAGCCAAAUAUGGACAAGUGGUUUCUCGUUUCGAUCAAGUAAACCUGCGUCCCUCUUUAUCCUUUCUGAACUCUCACGCGCGCUUCCUUCUCUUUCACCUCUCUGAAAACAGCAAGGGAGGAGGACACUUAAGAGAAGCGUGCCAGGGCCCGCAAACGUGCUGUACGAAAAUCCUCGGUUCUUAAUCUCGAGGACCAUAACGAUAAAACACACCGAGCCAUCUCGUUCCUCGCGAGAAUCGUACGGAAACCAACGAAAGUUACGAUGCUGCCGGCAUACGACGGGCACGAUAAAUUAAUCAGUUUUAUUCUGUGAAUUUCGGGUUACUUUGGCUGUCUGACUUCGCAUGUGGGCGUAGUCGCGUGCUUUGCCGUCGCAAAUAUAAAUUGCAAUAUAUUUUUUUUAUUUGUGCGAUGUUCAUUAAUUCAUACACGUGAUUUCCGAUAACAAUUUAUUUAUGACAAGUGGAAUGAUGAUAGUUUUAUAAUUUGUACAUGCAUCACGAAUGCGUCCAACGUUAUUUAUGAUUUGUGAUUUAAUUUGAUUCCUUUCAUUUCCAACAAUCGGAUGUCUCACGAUGGAUCACUCUGGAUUUGGAUUGCUCCGCGCUCUGCAUUUCGCCGAUGUGGCAUUGUACAAAAGACUAGUAAGACUAACGAGAUCUCCUUGUACGGCCCACACAACGUCUCGUUUUAGGCGACUGCUCACGCAGCGUGGAACCUCUGGCUUCUCCAUCCUUUCUUUAUUAAGUGGGGGGCCUUUAUUGCCUUUAAAUGGCAUCGAUGGCACCGACAUGACGCGUUAUGUAACUUUUAGUGGUCGAUUUAAAAAACAAUGCUGCGCAGCAGCACAUACCCAUUAUCAAUAUCUGUGUCACGCAAACGAUAAAUUACAAGAAAAAAUAAUGUCAGCGGGACGUAAUAUUUUAUUUACGCAAAUGCAACCUUGACUCCGUUAUACAUGGAGUUCGCAAACAUUUGCAUUGACGUCUAUCUAUCACGUCAACGUAGCAUAAAUAUAUUUUUAAUAAUUUUUAUAAUAUAAAAAGAUGAAUCGCUCAUCUGUCUCUUUCUAUUGUUUCAUUGGACCACCUUUUUCUGGAAAAUCGAGGACGUGAGACUGCACUCCUUCUCGCCGCACGCAAUCCUGCCUUUGAAUCAGAUGAGCGAGUCGCCGAUUUCGUCCUCCGUCAUCGCGACAUGCUGACGGCCUCUAUAGCGGAAAACGAUGCCAUUUACGGUAGACAUGCAGACAUUGUCAUCUGUUUUCGAGUCUCCGUAUCGUUCGAUCCAGCGAGAAAGUGGCUGUGCGUCAAAAUCUUGGCCUGAAUAUGAACCAAAGCCCUCAGUAUCUCCAAAAACGCAGUAGAGGUAGAAGCGAGUCGUACGAUUUCGCUGCUGAUUGUCAGUGCGGUUUUUGUCUUUCGUGCACGUGACAUGUAUUUAAGUAUGUGUUUAAAAUGCAAUUUUAUUAUACUGUCUCCUUUUCUGUUGUGCAAAGAAAAACUAACAAUGUCGCGAUAUUUCUACGCAUACAUUUUUUUAUGUAAAUUAGAAAAAAUAAAUAUAUUAAACCG